UUAUGUGAAUAACGCCGAUAAGUGACGGUCUUGUCCUAUUUAUCGUAACGCUUAUAUUUACUAGGGAAAAGCUCGAAUAGGUUAAUAUGGCGGUUCAACAGGAUACAGUUUUGAAUAAUCAAGACGUGUUAUGGGAGAUUGAAAAUGAAGAAUUCAUACCGGACAGUGAUUCUGACUAUGACGAUUUUGAUGGGUCUGAUAUUUCUGACGAAGACGAAUCAUCUUGGUCUGGAACUGACGACGAGCAGGACUCGAAAUGGAGCCCCAACACAACAACAACAACAAGUACCUCACCGCCACCAAUUCGUAGGCGUAGAACUUCGCAUGAAAGCCAAGAAACUCCCACAACGCCGAAAAGCAGGAAACGGUAUCGCCCGUCAACUCCAAAGUCUCGGAAAACUUACAAUUGGGAAAAAUCGUUUGCCGGAAGAUCACUUUGGAAUUUCUGUGGUAGACGAGGGGUUUCGAGUCGCCGCCUGAAUAGCAGUUCGAGUGUGCUUGACUGUUUCACCCAAUUCUUUAAUGCAACUGUUAUUGAGCUCAUUGUUGAGAUGACUAAUCUCAAUGCCACUCGAAAACUGCAUGCGGAGUCCGUCAAUAGCGACACUGAAGAGAAGGCCUGGAAGGCUAUUGAUGCAGAGGAAAUGCAUGCUUUUCUUGGAUUGGUCAUUCUUAUGGGAAUCAUACGUCUUCCAACACUCGAUAUGUACUGGCAGAAGAAAAAUUGGAUUCUAGACGUGCCAAGUUUCAAUAAAACAAUGACAAGACAGCGAUUUCGAGACAUUUGGCGUUAUUUGCAUUUUUGCGACGAAGCUAUGGCGCCAGAAGCGGAAGACUUCAAGAAAGACAAGUUAUACAAAAUUCGCGCUUUGUUGACAAUUCUAUUGCCUUUAUUUCAAACAUGUUACACACCAGGAAGAGAAAUCUCUAUCGAUGAAACCCUAAUUCCAUUCAAGGGCCGAAUUAGUUUUCGACAAUGUAUAAAAACUAAGAGGGCACGUUUUGGAAUCAAGGUUUGGGUAUUAGCCGAGUCCGCAACUGGAUAUGUGUCGAGAUUGCAAUUUUACACUGGUAAGGAUCCAACGUCAAAACCGGAAAUCGGAUUAUCUUCACGUGUCGUAAGGUAUCUGAUAGAGCCUUACCAAGGUUUAUACCAUCACCUUUAUGUUGACAAUUUUUACACUAACCCUGAACUCUUCGAAUACCUCCUAUCGAAAGGUGUAUACGCUUGUGGAACUUACAGAACCAAUCGCACAAACUUUCCGACAAAGUUAACCAUAUCAAAAAUUGGUUCAGUUCCGAGGGGCACUAACGACUGGAGGGUUUCGGGGCAAUUAUUAGCACAAUCCUGGGUGGAUAAUAAGGUGGUAUACUUUCUUUCUACAAUUCACAAACCCGAAUAUGAUAAAGAGUACGUGGGAAGAAAGACCGUAAAAAGAAGAGCUGGGCGAAGAAGAGAAUCUAGAUUUGUAGAAAUACCGUGUCCACCUUUACUUAAAGAUUACAACGCUCAUAUGGGGGGCGUGGAUCUUUCGGAUCAAAUGCGAAAAUAUUACAACUUGACGAGACGAUCGAAGAUAUGGUACAGGCGUGUGUUUUCGUAUUUACUUGAAGUUGCGAUUCACAACGCAAGAGUCAUAUGUGAGAACUUGUCAGGGAAGCGAUGUAGUGCUGUUGGAUUUAGGGAAGAGCUUGUCGCCGCUCUUAUUGGUAGCUAUAGAGCAUCACGGAGAAUAUCUGAAUCGCUAUCUAGUUCAUCCCAUCAUCCUAGACUCAUGAAUGUAGGACAACAUAUUCCAUUAGUCGAACGAAAUCAGGUGGUCUGCCCUGUAUGUUCGAGAAAGAACAAGUUGAAAAAUUCAGAAGAGAAGACGUAUGUUUCGAGGAGUCGGGUGAAAUGCCUCGAAUGCGGAGUUCAUCUUUGUAUGACUUAUGGCAAGACUUGCUUCCGGGAUUGGCAUACCAAAAUUGAGUAUUGGAGAUAGAAAUUAAUGUUGUUUGGAUGGAUGUGUAAUUUCUCUCUGUUUGUUUUAGAGACAAGAUUUCUGGGAUUACGAUUAAUUUGUUUUUUAUGUGUUUUUUAGCGCUCAAUUUUGUAAAGCUUUUUUACACACCGUCUGCAUUUUACCGAUUUCGCUCUGCGAUUUGAAAAUACUACAAUUUCCAUCGAACAGUUGAAAAAAUUAGCUGCAAUAUUUUUAAUAUGUAUUAUCAUUGCUAAUGCAGAAAACACGCAGACCUACACGCCUCUCAAUAUCAGCUAACUUUUGAAAAAUAUCUAUGAACUUGCCCCAAAACGUGUGUCUUGUUUAUUUCUUGUAAAAUUUUAUGAGAAGGAAACUAGACCAUCGAGCAGCGCAGAAAAAAUGUAGUUGCUGAAAACGUCAGCUCCUCCCUAGGCCCCCUGGGCUGGAUACAAGCUUUUUAAAAUACAAAGCCAAUUUGUUUGGUUCAUAAUACACAACCUAAUAGUAACGUUAGCCUCGUUCAUUAUCAUUCCUCGUUCAUUCAAACGAGUAGUCAAGGUUUCUGUAUUCAAGGUUCGAAGAAACAUCCGAUCCGUCGAAUCGUUGUCAUAUAUAUAUAUUGAACUUUUCCCGUUCUCAGUAUGUAA